AUGGAUCAUGUAGCUGAAGAGGUCUUUCAACAUGUUGAAGAAGUUGGUGUUGAUGCGCAGGGUUUUCCAGGUGGGUCGCAUGACACAUCAAUGUUGGUUGCCUAUGUUGAUCAUGUUGCAGUCAUUAUUUGGAAUGGAGAGCUAUCCUCCCAUGGAAGAAAGGUUCAGAAAUUUGGGAGGCCUACUAUUGAGAUUGAAGGGUUAGUCGCUAUCACAGGAUUAAGUCUUUUGAUCGCAUGUUCAUUGGACACUGGCGAUCGGAGACUUAUAUCGACUUUUGUGGAGAGGUGGCAUAAGGAAACGAGCAGUUUCCAUCUUCCAAUAGGAGAGCUCACCAUCACCCUCGAUGAUAUGGCCUCUUUGCUUCAGUUGCCCAUCAUAUGUGCAUUCCACAGCUUCAACACUUUUCAUGGCGACAAAGCAGUGUUGAUUCAGAGUGUAAGCUAUGCAUGGAGAGAUGCUGUCCUAGUGCAUAUGUACGAUAAUUUGAAAGAUGCUUGUAAGAACGGCGGCAGACAACUUGUUGGAUAUAUCACACUAUUACAGUGUUGGAUUUAUGAGCAUUUUCCAUCUAUUGUUGAGGCUUUUACGGACUCAAACUAUGAUCAAAGAUCACCACGUGCCUGCCACUAG